AUGGCGUGGGAUCCACCCUUACAGCAUCCUUUCUUCUGGAUGAAGCCUUCUUCCCUCUUCUUGUCGUGCUCCAGAGCUGCCAUAGCACAGUUAAUCGAGGCCACCACAGAACCCCCCAAAAAGAAGCCGGACCCUGUCACUUCGGAGACGGUGGUGAUCUGGGGGCUGCGCCUCUGGCAGGUGAUUGGUAUCUUUGCCAUCUUUGUCCUGGCAGUCAUUAUUACCCUGUGCUGUAUCUUCAAGUGCCGGAUUCCCCGGACAAAGAAAGAGAUCGAGGCACGAUAUGCUCAACGGCAAGCAGCCAAGACGUAUGCAGACAAACUGGAGACUGUGCCACCACUCAAUGAGCUGACAGAGAUCCCUGGAGCUCAGGUGGCAGAAGAAAAAAAAGAAGACGUUCCCACUGUAUCUGGAAAAGUGGACAAGAAAGAGGGGAAAGAUGCCAAAAAGAAAGAAGGA